CCUGACUGACUAGAGAGCGGCGCAUGCGCGUGACGUCACGGGCGGAAGUGGCUGGUUGUGUAAGCUGCCGGGGACGGAGACAAGGGACGUGAGCGGUACUGGACCGUCUGCCGAAUAAGUCUCCGCUCACACAUCGAUUAGAAUGCCAGGGGAAACAUCUACCAUGGAAGAACAACCACAGGCCUCGGAUUUUGCAGAGCCGGAAGACAGUCAUGAUUGUCCAGGAACAUCAACCUCUUCAAGUAGUUUUAAUUUUCCUCAUCCCAAUGAAGUGCCAUCUAGAAAAUUACAGUCCAUUCUGCAGAUUGAUCGUCAUCAAAUCCAGGCCGUGGAAGCAGCUCAUCAAGCACUGGAACUCCAGGGGCUUGGUUUGGCAGUAUAUGACCAAGAAGUUUUGGAGCGUGGAGUUCUGCAGCAAGUUGAUAAUGCCAUAAAUGAGGCUAGUCGAGCAGCUCGAGUAGCCGAAGCUGAGAAGGAACAGCAAGAACUUAAGGAUGAGUUGAGUUCUUGUCUCACCUCCUUAAGGCAAAUCAACAAAAUCAUUGAUCAACUUUCCCCACAAGCUGCAACGUGUAAAGAGAUUAAUAGGAAGCUGGACUCUGUGAAGCGGCAGAAACAUAAUAAAGAACAGCAACUAAAAAAAAUCAAGGCUAAACAGAGGCGCCUAAGAGCAGAGCUGAGUAUCAACCCAGAGGAGAGUGAUCCUGAGCAGCAAUUAGAUAAUCUGGAGGAUGAUGCCUUGCCCACAUCUUUGGGUAGUAUGUUGAUGCCAUCUCAGGAUAAUGAUUGGGAAGAGCUGAUCCGCACAGGACAGAUGACACCCUUUGGCACCAAGAUACCCCCAAAAGAGGAACGUAAACCGAGAAAGCUGAUGCUAAAUGAGACGUCCGAUUUUGAGAAAUAUCUGGCUGAUCAAGCACAAAUGGCAGCACAGAGAAAACGUCCUGUUACUCCUAAAAAAGAGAGAAAAAAAGCAGAUCCUAAGAAGGAUGGUAGAGCUGUGAAAUUGGAAAACAAAAAUACCUCCAUUCCAUCUGCUGAGAAAAGGUUGAAGAAAAGAAUGAGAAAAUUACAGAGCAAAGCCUUGCAGACUCAAUUCAGGACAGGAGUCCCUCGUAAAAAAUCAGAUCCCUUGUCCACACAAGUGAGUGAAGGAGAUGAUAGUGGAGGGUCGGUUUAUUCUCCUGAUGAAAGAGAACAAAGCAUGGAAGAGGAUGAGGAAGAUGACAUAAUGCAUGAUAGCCCAUGCUCUGACUAUGAAUUAAAACCUCUUCAGCGGAAAAGAGUUAAAAAAAGGCCACGGCAUCAUGGUAUGGACCCAGAGUUCCUUCCAAGUUCUGGUACAGAUGACGAAGAGACUCCUCGCUUAUCAAAGGGCAGACGGUGCAGAGAUGAUGGGGACAUCAAGCUCUACAAGCAUCGCAUUCGGCAAUACCUAAAACAGCAAGCUAAGGAGGCAGAGCAACGGAGUGUAGCAGAAGAGUCUGAGGACAGCGAUGUGGAAUUUGAUGAGGGUUUCUGCAUACCAGGGUCUCUUUGGAAAAAGUUGUACAAGUAUCAGCAGACAGGUGUUCGGUGGCUGUGGGAACUACAUUGCCAGCAGGCAGGAGGCAUUUUGGGAGAUGAAAUGGGAUUGGGCAAAACCAUCCAGAUAAUUGCCUUCCUGGCAGGCUUGAGCUACAGCCGGAUAAGGACACGAGGCUCUGAUUACAGGUACGAAGGCUUGGGUCCUAGUAUUAUUGUGUGCCCAGCCACUGUCCUGCACCAGUGGGUAAAGGAGUUUCAUACUUGGUGGCCUAAGCUUCGUGUUGCUGUACUUCAUGAGACUGGGAGCUUUGUUGGUAAAAAGACUAAAUUAAUUGGGGAAAUAGGCAGCAGUCAUGGUAUUCUUAUAACCUCCUAUUCAAAUGUACGCUUAUUGCAAGAAGGACUACUGAAAUAUCAUUGGCACUAUGUCAUCUUGGAUGAGGGGCACAAGAUCCGUAAUCCCAAUGCAGGUGUAACAAUGGCAUGUAAACAAUUUCGUACUCCACAUCGCAUAAUUCUGUCAGGUUCUCCAAUGCAAAAUAAUUUGCGAGAGCUCUGGUCUCUGUUUGACUUCAUUUUCCCUGGAAAACUGGGUACCCUGCCUGUGUUCAUGGAGCAGUUCUCUGUCCCCAUCACCAUGGGAGGUUACUCGAAUGCUUCUCCUGUUCAGGUAAAAACAGCAUACAAAUGUGCCUGUGUUCUGCGCGACACCAUAAAUCCUUACCUCCUGAGACGUAUGAAGGCUGAUGUGAAGAUGAGCCUAUCACUUCCUGACAAAAAUGAACAGGUUCUGUUUUGCCACCUGACAGAUGAGCAAAGACAGGUUUACCAGGCCUUUAUAGACUCUAAGGAAGUGUAUGGGAUCCUGAAUGGUGACAUGCAAGUGUUUCCUGGUCUGAUUGCCUUAAGAAAAAUCUGCAAUCAUCCAGAUCUGUUCACAGGAGGGAAAAAAAUUCUUGUGGGAACCAAAGAUGAAGAUAUAGAAGAAGGAGAACAGUUUGGUUACUGGAAGCUGUCAGGAAAAAUGAUUGUGGUGGAGUCCCUUUUAAAGAUCUGGCAUCGCCAAGGACACAGAGUUCUCCUUUUCACUCAGUCACGGCAGAUGUUGCUGAUCUUGGAAGCAUUCCUUUUGAGAAUAGGUUAUACAUACCUGAAGAUGGAUGGCACUACAACUAUUGCAUCCCGUCAGCCUCUUAUCACACAGUUUAAUGAGGACACCUCGAUCUUUGUGUUCCUUCUUACUACCAGAGUUGGAGGUCUGGGUGUGAAUCUCACAGGAGCCAACAGAGUUGUCAUCUACGAUCCUGACUGGAACCCCAGCACAGAUACACAAGCUCGGGAGAGGGCAUGGAGAAUUGGUCAAAAGAAAGAUGUUACUGUUUACAGGCUGCUCACCGCAGGAACUAUAGAAGAAAAAAUUUACCACAGGCAAAUUUUUAAGCAGUUCUUAACUAACCGAGUUUUAAAAGACCCAAAGCAGAGACGCUUCUUCAAAUCCAAUGAUCUUUAUGAGCUGUUUACCCUGACCAGUCCAGAUUCAAACCAAGGAACAGAAACCAGUGCUAUUUUUGCAGGAACUGGAUCAGAUGUUAAGCUGUCAAAGAAUCCUAAAAAACAGCUGGCAACAGAAGUCAAUGGUAUUUCUAAAGAGGGUUUGAAUACAAUUAAAAGUGAGCAGCUUGUGUUAUGUACAUCCUCGCCAUCUGGAAGUACUACUCAGUCUCAUGCCACAGAUCUAGCUACAGUGCAGGACAAGUCUAGUUCAGGGAGAAAUCCGGAUUCUAACUUGGGAGCUGUCAGAGAAAGUGAUUGUUCAGUUUCUGUUCUUCCUGUGCAACAUCACAAGCACAAAGCUAAAACGAAACACCAGGACAAAGAGAGAAGAAGAAAGAAAGGUGCCAAAUAUGAGGGGGAACGGAUCUCUCAUCUAGCCAAACUGAAGCCCCUUAAAAAGGAUGUGAAAGAGGAGCAAGAUGAGAGCAGGAAGAUGAGUGACGAGUAUGUCCUGGAGAAACUGAUGAAAAAAUCUGGUAUUCACAGUGUGAUGAAACAUGAUGUCAUUAUGGAUGCAUCUAAUGCAGAUUAUGUGCUCGUGGAAGGAGAAGCAAGUAGAGUAGCCCAGGAGGCUUUGCGAGCUUUAAAAGUCUCACGCCAACGUUGCCAUGCUGCCUCUUCUGGCAUUCCAACAUGGACAGGGACUAAUGGCAGUGUGGGAACUAGGCGGUUUGGUCAGAAAAAGAACCCUUUGUUACAUCGUGCAGAUGUACCCGAAACCAAGAUCCCACAGGACAAGUGCAAGGAUGUAAAGAUUAUUAAACAAGACGAACACAAGACAGUUGCCCCCUCUCAUUUCAGUGGAGAGACCAAAACCUCAAGUAGUUCUCCACUCUCUUCAUCCAGUUUGCUUGCUCGUAUGAAGGCAAGAAAUCAUUUAAUCCUUCCUCACAGAGAGGACAGCGAGUCAGCGGGUGGACCUCCAACAGCAGAUCCCACGGAGCAUGAUGAGUUACUAGCAGAUAUGAGAAAUUUUGUAGCAUUCCAAGCUCAGCAAGAUGGGGAAGCAACCACCCAAGAGAUGCUUCAGGAGUUCGAGCAUAAACUGUCUCCUUCACAGUCCUGUGUCUUCCGAGAACUGCUGCGCAAAUUGUGCACCUUUCAUAGAAAGAGUGAUGGAGCUGGGGUCUGGAGACUCAGACCUGAAUUUCACUAAACUAUUCCCUCUUUAGAGAGUGCAUCUGAUGCACUGCCUUGUGACUUACACAGUAGUAGUACCAGGUAUAAUACAUUUAAAAAAGUCUUUUUGACUGACAACCCAUUUUAUUUUCAGAAUGUGAACAUUAUAAUAUGGGCUAGUAAAAGCAAAAAGAAAGAUGUUUUCUACAUGUGUAUUUAAAAAAAUAAUGUGACUGACCAAUGUGUUUUGUUAAAAAUGUUGGCAAAUGAUUCCUUUCAACCCUUUCCCACCUUGAACCAUUCUAUUACAGCACUAUGAUGAUGAGAACUCAAGCAUAACAUACAGCAGAAAACCCUGUUUGACAAAGCCUGUCUUGUUCCUCUGGCACCCCAUUGGCACUCCUGCAACACUAGUUGCUAUGGAAGCCAGGGACCUAAGAAUAAUUUUCCAUGGCUUGCAUAUCCUUGGCAUAUGUCAAAAGUUUCGUUCUAUUGACACUUUUAUUCUAUUGGUACGCCCCUAGACAUCUUAUAUCCUAUCCAAAGGAUAGGGGAUUAGAUGUCUGAUCGCGGGGGUCCUGCAGCUGGGACCCCCGCGAUCUCGGUGCAGCACCCGGCGUUCAUUGAAAAUCCUGGGUGUGGGGGUUGGGGUGUCACGGCGACGCCCCCUCAUGAUGUCACGCCACACCCCCUCAAUGCAAGUCUAUGGGAAAGGGCGUGGUGGCCGCCACACCCCCUCCCAUAGACUUGCAUUGAGGGGGGGUGGCCGUGACGUCACAACCCCCGCAGUUGCUUCAAGCGUUCGGAUCAAAAUGUUCCAAACGCUUGGGCAGCAAAGUACCCCUUUAAGUAUUAUAUAGCAAUCAACUAGUACACCAGUUUAGCAAAUAUUUAGUUGUGUGAGAGAUUUAACACACUACACAACACACACAUAGUUAAACACACACAUAGUUACACAGUUAGAGAACUGUGGUCUGCUGCAGUUCUAGUCUGGCAACAAAAACGGAUAUGAUCCAAAAGUGAUCCUUCCGGAAUCUCUAUCAGACGCCGUGCGGCUUAUUGAAAUGAAUAGGGUACGGAUCCUGCUGUAUGCCCAAAUCAUGGUGUGAAUGCACCCUAAUAGAGAAUUGAAAGAUAAAAGUAAACAGAUGAUAUAUUUGCCCUCAUGGUUUGUCAGUAUGUUUCUCAAUCACCAUUUGUACAUGCUUUAAAAAAAAAAAAAAACAA